AUGCACCCAGACAUCCACCCAGACUCUCCACCCAGACAUCCACCCAGACCUCCACCCAGACUUCCACCCAGACAUACACCCAGACCUCCACCCAGACCUCCACCCAGCCACUCCACCCAGACCCUCCACCCAGACCUCCACCCAGACAUCUACCCAGACACUCCACCCAGACAUCCACCCAGACCUCCACCCAGACUUCCACCCAGACAUCCACCCAGACCUCCACCCACACCUCCACCCAGCCACUCCACCCAGACCCUCCACCCAGACCUCCACCCAGACAUCCACCCAGACCUCCACCCAGACUUCCACCCAGACAUCCACCCAGACCUCCACCCACACCUCCACCCAGCCACUCCACCCAGACCCUCCACCCAGACCUCCACCCAGACAUCUACCCAGACACUCCACCCAGACAUCCACCCAGACCUCCACCCAGACUUCCACCCAGACAUCCACCCACACCUUCACCCAGCCACUCCACCCAGACCCUCCACCCAGACCUCCACCCAGACAUCCACCCAGACCUCCACCCAGACUUCCACCCAGACAUCCACCCAGACCUCCACCCACACCUCCACCCAGCCACUCCACCCAGACCCUCCACCCAGACCUCCACCCAGACAUCUACCCAGACCUCCACCCAGACUUCCACCCAGACAUCCACCCAGACCUCCACCCACACCUCCACCCAGACCUCCACCCACACCUCCACCCAGCCACUCCACCCAGACCCUCCACCCAGACCUACACCCAGACAUCCACCCAGACCUCCACCCAGACUUCCACCCAGACAUCCACCCACACCUCCACCCACACUCUCAUAAACGUGAGACCAUCCCUUAA